UCUUCUUCAGCUUUCUGUCCCCUCCCCUCCCUGCAGAUUUCACUGGUUGCAUAAAAAACGUAAACUUUAGCUCAACGGAACGGAUUCUUCAUUCCUGACAGCUGAGCUGAAGCUGUAGAUAGCCUUUUCUUUGAACUGUGGUAUUCCCAGCUUUGGAGUAAACAAUGCCAAACUACAAGCUUAUCUAUUUUAACUUCAGAGGGAGAGGAGAAAUAAUUCGGUAUCUAUUUGCCUAUUUGAAUCAGGAAUAUGAAGACCGCAGGAUUGAGUUCCCAGAUUGGCCUGCAAUCAAACCUACUAUUCCAUAUGGAAAACUUCCAGUUUUAGAAAUUGAUGGCGUCAUCUAUCACCAAAGUCUGGCCGCGGGGCGAUACCUGGCUAAAAAAGCAGGAUUGACAGGUAAAUCUGAUUUGGAACAACUUCGUGUUGAUGCUAUUAUAGAUUCAAUUGAUGACUUCAUAUCUGAGUUUCCUUGGGAAGCAGAAAAUGAAGCAGAAAAAAAACGGAAGCAAACAGAGUAUGUGGCCAAAGCUGCACCAGACCUACUGAUUAGCUUGGAAAAAUCCUUGGGAGACCAUGUCUGGUUUGUUGGUGACUCUGCAACCUGGGCAGACUUUUACUGGGAUGUCUGCAGUGAUGGAAUUGAAGGCUAUGUACCUGGCUUUGCAGACAAAUACGUAAAACUGAAGGCUCUUAAAGAAAGAGUAAAAGCUAUUCCGGCUAUUGCUGCAUGGGUAAAAAAACGACCACACACUGAAGGUUAAUUUGCAAUGCAUAGCUGACUAGGAAGCUAUCAGUUCAAGCAUGCUACAGUUUGUUUUAUUUGACAAUAAAAAAAUUCACAGCAAA